AUGGCUAAUUCCGAUGAGCCGGAAAGUACGGAAACCACCGCAACUGCCACCGUAACUACCGUUCAAACCGAUUCAGAUCUCAAGCAUUCUUCUCUACGGCGAAGAACAAGCGCCACAUCAUCCGGAGGCCUUUUCGACGCCGAAAGUGCUGCUCAAGAAGCGAUCAGAGAUUCCGGCUCCGACGAUUCGUUGAACGGAAAUAACAGCGAAGAGGUCAAGGAUCGAAAAACAGAUCAUGCAGGAAUCGGUAAUGACGUUCAGAAUGACGUCAUUGAUCGGGAAAAAGUUACCGAUAUCAAAUUUACUUACCGUCCUUCAGUUCCCGCUCACCGGAGAAUCAAAGAGAGUCCUCUUAGCUCCGGCAACAUUUUUAGACAGAGUCAUGCAGGACUGUUCAAUCUGUGUAUUGUGGUGCUGGUUGCUGUAAACAGCAGGCUCAUCAUUGAGAAUUUGAUGAAGUACGGAUGGUUGAUUAAAUCCGGCUUUUGGUUUAGCUCAAAAUCGUUCAGAGAUUGGCCCCUCUUCAUGUGUUGUCUUAGUCUUGCAAUAUUUCCACUAGCUGCCUUUGUAGUCGAAAAGUUAGCACAACAAAAGAGUAUUUCUGAACCAGUUGUUGUUCUACUUCAUGUUGUAAUUACCACAGUUGCAAUUAUCUAUCCAGUUUUAGUAAUCCUCUGGUGUGACUCUGCAUUUUUAUCAGGGGCCACGUUGAUGCUAUUAACUUGCAUUGUAUGGUUAAAGUUGGUGUCAUAUGCACAUACAACCUAUGAUAUGAGAGCUCUUACUGUUUCAAAUGAAAAAGUAGCAAAGGGAGAAACAGUGCCCAAUACUUUGAAUAUGGAGUACCCACACAAUGUGAGCUUCAAGAGUUUGGCAUACUUCAUGGUUGCUCCUACUUUGUGCUAUCAGCCAAGCUAUCCUCGCACACCUUCUAUUCGAAAGGGUUGGGUCUUUCGACAACUUCUCAAGCUGGUAAUAUUUACAGGAGUUAUGGGAUUUAUAAUAGAACAAUAUAUGAAUCCUAUUGUCCAAAAUUCACAACAUCCUUUGAAGGGAAACCUUCUAUAUGCCAUUGAGAGAGUUUUGAAGCUUUCUGUUCCAAACGUCUAUGUGUGGCUCUGCAUGUUCUACUGCUUUUUCCAUCUUUGGUUAAAUAUACUUGCAGAGCUUCUCCGGUUUGGUGAUCGUGAGUUCUACAAAGAUUGGUGGAAUGCCCAAACAGUUGAAGAGUAUUGGAGGAUGUGGAAUAUGGUAUGUUUCCUUUUCAACCUUGGAUGA